CCCCGUUCCUUCCCUUCGGGCCUCGCCGUCUUCCUCCCCGGCGCCCCCCCGUCUCGUCGCUCGCCGGAUCCGAGCCCUAAACCCUAGAGCCUGCCCGGCUGGGCUCCCCGCGGCGGCAAUGGAGGACGAGCAGAUGGACAAGAAGGUGCAGGAGUACCUGCAGCGCAAGGGCCUGCGCGUCACCGAGCUCGCGCCGCCGGGGGACCGCGGCCGCCUCCCUGCCUCCGUGCCGCCCAACGUCGCGCUCGCCAGUAUGCCUGGUGGUUUUCUAAGCUUUCCCCCAAAUGGUCAUGCUUAUUUUGCACCACCAUGGCCACCACAACCACUUCCUGUUUCAAUGGCUCAACAUGCUGCAUUGGCUUCAAAAAGCAAACCUGCCAUCAACAUUGAUGAUGGUGAUGAUGUUAGGACUGAAAAGCGCCUGUCAUGGAAACCAGAUGAAGACUUGAGAUUGGUGCGCGCUUGGUUAAACUGUUCCAAUGACCCUGUCAGCGGUAAUGGCAAGAAAAAUGAGCAAUACUGGGGAGAUGUACUUGCAUUCUACAACAGCACUACGUCUACAAAACGGAAAAGGAAAGUGAAGCAUCUUAAAGAUCGAUUUCAAAAGAUUAAGAGAUGGGUUGGGUUUUUCUGCUGGUCAUUGAAGAAGGCUGCAUCAGUUGAAGAAAACAGUCAAUCGGAUGACCAGUUGAUAGAAAAGGCUCUGCAAUUUUAUUUGGACGACUAUAAAGAAGGCCCAUUCAUAGUUCUGCAUUGCUGGAAGGCUCUCCGUGACGAACCCAAGUGGCAUGCAGUCUUGGAGGACCUUGAGAAAUCAAACAAAAGGAAACUUGGUGACGAGGGAGAGGUGGGGAACAGCACACCCACAUCUGAAGAUACCAGAGAAAAGGAACAUCCAACAGAGGAGAAAGAAGCUAAGAAACAAUGCAAUGGCAAAGGCAAGGUUAAGGCUAAUGACAAGGGUUUGGAUGAAGAUAUAAAGAAGUGCAUGGAUAUUCAUGCUGCAACUAAAAAACGCCAUGAAGAAUUCAUAAAGGUCCAGCUGCGGGUUUCUGACGCAAAGGUUGAGGCGGCGAGGCUCAAGAGGGAGGCUGCUAUGCUGAAAACAUACAAUUCUUUUAUGGGCAUGGAUACUAGGGAGAUGACUAAUGAGCUGAAAGCUGAGCAUGCAAUAGGCUUGAAGCUUCUGAGAGAGAAAUUGUUUGGCAACAAUAAUAACGGGUACCAAGGCUGGGGCGGCCGGAGCACCGUCGGCACCGGACGCCGCGCGCUCCGCGUCGACGAUAGCAAGCACCGAGGGGUGAGGCCGGCCGACGGCGUGGUCGUCUGCACCUCCCGCCCGCCCAACGGGCGGGAUGUCUUCGUGAGGGAGCUCGCCGGCGCUCGAUUCGCUGCGCCCCCCGCCCCCCCCCCCCCCCCCCCCCCCGCAGCGGCAAUGGAGGACGAGGAGAUGGAGAAGAAGGUUCAGCAGUACCUGCAGCGCAAGGGGUUCCGGCUCACCGAGCUCGCGCUGCAGGAGGAGCGCAAUCGCCUCUCCACCUCAGCCAUUUCCGAUGUUGCGCUUGAAAGGUCUGACAAUGAUCCGGCAAGAUACCAUGAUGGAUAUAGUAAACUAAGAACAUGGGCAUAUAGUUCUCUUGAUCAAUACAAGCACGAAUUACUUCGCAUCCUUUACCCAGUUUUUAUCCAUUGCUUCAUGGAUCUAGUGGCAGAGGGACAUAUGCAGGAAGCGCGGUCAUUUUUCCAUACAUUUCGGGAAGAUCAUGAAGUGAUGCACUCAAGGGAUCUUCAGAAGCUGGAGGGAAUUCUCUCUCCUUCACAUUUGGAGGAAAUGGAACUGGCCCGUUCGUUAAGGCAAAAUAAAUUUAAAAUUAAGUUGUGUGAGUAUUCAUAUGAAUUGCUUCUCCAGUAUCUCCAGAAAACACAAGCUCUUGUGGUGCUGGGAGUAAUCAAUGAGCGCAUAACUUUUGAAGUAUCUCCUGGGCAGCCCUCAUUAAUCUCUGAUGAUGCGGAUGUUGUUGCUCUGAUUGGAACAAGUAAGGACUUGGCAAAACAGAUAAAUCAGAAGGAAGUACAUUGGGGGUUGCUUGAAGAUUCCGUUGAAGAGCGAAUGGAGAAGGCACUAGCAGAAUCUGAUAAAAUUGAAGCUGAAAGCAAGGAUGCUGACGCAGAAGAUAACAAGAAAAGAAACGCAGAAGGUGGAAAGCAAGGUGCUUCUCUUAAGAAGACCAAGAAGGAUAAGCUUGCAGGUGCAACUGGAAAAAAUGUCAGAACUGAAACAAGCAUGGUUUCCGUGGCACCUCGAGUGAAACCGGAGCUACCUCUUCCAACGACGCCUAUUGAAGUUGAACAAUCAAUUCUUGAGGACUUGCGGAACCGUGCCCAGUUGAAUAGUUUGGCAUUGCCGUCUGUUAGCUUCUACACAUUUCUUAAUACACAUAAUGGAUUAAACUGCUCAUCGAUAUCACAUGAUGGAUCGUUGGUUGUGGGUGGCUUUUCUGAUUCGUCAGUAAAGGUUUGGGAUAUGUCAAAGAUUGGUCAACCAGCAAAAACUUCUAGUUCACUGGGGGAGAAUGGAUCUUCCCAGGGUGAACGCAUGUCAACAGUAGAUGAGGGAAAAAGACCCUAUACACUAUUCCAAGGUCAUUCUGGACCAGUUUAUUCCGUGGCCUUUAGCCCUUUUGGGGAUUUUCUCCUGUCAUCAUCUUCAGACUCGACAAUCAGACUGUGGAGCACCAAGCUGAACGCCAAUCUUGUCUGUUACAAAGGACACAACUACCCUGUUUGGGAUGUCCAAUUCAGCCCAGUUGGCCAUUAUUUUGCUAGUGCUUCGCAUGACAGGACUGCUAGAAUCUGGUCAAUGGAUAAAAUUCAACCUUUGCGAAUAAUGGCCGGGCAUCUUUCUGAUGUUGAUUGUGUCCAGUGGCAUGUGAACUGUAACUACAUUGCCACCGGCUCUAGUGACAAAACUGUAAGACUAUGGGAUGUUCAGACGGGUGAAUGUAUACGGAUGUUUAUUGGUCAUAGGAGUAUGGUCUUGUCACUGGCGAUGUCACCCGAUGGACGAUACAUGGCCUCUGGUGAUGAAGAUGGAACCAUCAUGAUGUGGGAUCUAUCAACUGGUCGCUGUGUUUCACCACUGCUAGGACACAGUUCUUGUGUGUGGACACUUGCUUUCAGCUGUGAAGGGGCAUUGCUUGCAUCUGGAUCAGCUGACUGUACUGUAAAACUCUGGGAUGUCACUUCCAGCACAAAGGCCCUGAAGACGGAGGACACCAAAGGUGGUUCCGGUAGCCGACUAAGGCUGCUCAAAGCUCUCCCUACAAAAUCUACUCCUGUUUAUAGCCUGCGGUUCUCUCGGAGGAAUCUUCUGUUUGCAUCCGGUGCUCUCUCGCUAAGCUCCUCGUAAGCUGUAUGUAUGUUUUGUAGAAAACAACUAGAAUGGUUCCGGUUUUGGCAUCAAGUAGUGAGGCUGAAAUUUUGUAUACUCAACUGUGGUUCCUGUUGUAGAGACAUUUUCAUUAGCUAUCCCAACGAACCCAGCAUGUUGCUUAGAACUGUGGCUAGCAAGCACAGCAGAUCCUUCAUUGCCCCCGGGUAAUACUGUAACAUUAUUAGGUGAUUACAUCGUGUAAAAUUACCUUUCUGUAGGUAGCGAGUCAAAAACCUGAUGAACAAUACUCAAUGUAUUAGAGUCUGAUGAUCCAAAUGGUGUUUUUGUGGAUAGUA